GGGCUUGAUGUGAAUCUCCUUGUCCUGGUUAUGGUUUGGGUCUGGACUUUCUUAAGAUUCCAGAACAAAAGCUAGAAUAGAUCUUUGGAUACUCUGCUCUGCUCCCCCAGGUCCCAGUCCCAGAUCUAUCUAUCUAUAUCUAUCAUCCAUCCAUCCAUCCAUCCGUAGAUCUUACCAAUCAAAAACAAAACACACACACACACAUACUAACUCAAUUCUCCAUCAUCAAAUUCAAAUGUAUAAACAAACAACCAUUCCAUCAAUUCCCCAAUAACUAAUCUCCAUACAUAUAUAGAUCUUCUUCAAUAUUAACUAUUAGCCCAUGGGCGCUUCACAAUCUGCUCAAGUUCCCUCCGAAGACGAACACCAAGAACCCGAAGAAGAAGACGACGACGAUGAUGAUGAUGACAUUGAUGAAGAUGAAGAAGAAGACGACGACGACGACCCUCAACACAAUAUCCCUAACAAUACAAGAGAUCACGCCGUUGUCAAGAAAAUUCUUGAACAGGAGCCCGAAAUGCUCCCUUGCCACGCCUCCGCCUCCCCCCUUUCCCCCCAGCUCUCUACUUAUGGCACCCCACGCAUGGGCCCUUCCAUCAAGGUCUGGGACCCCUACAAUGUCCUCGCCCCCCCUCCCCCUCUUCCCCCACCCCCCACCCACUUCCACCGUUCCUUCUCCGUUGGCCCCGCCGACGAAGAUCGCGCCCUCACCGAGGUUUACUUGAAUAGCCACGGCGAGUGCCACAUGAAUUUGAGGCCCGAUUUGAUCGCCGGUCGCUGCCCUGAUGCUGCGCUCACUCCCAAUGGCAAACGCCAGGCUCGAGCACUGGCCGUCUUUUUGAAAUCUCAAGGCGUGAGGUUUAAUGCAAUUUACACCUCGCCUUUGGAUCGUGCCCGAGCCACUGCUUUAUCGGUUUGCCAGGAAUUGAAUUUCUCAGAGGAACAUAUACAGUCAUCAGAUGCACUUCUGGAGAUGAGCAAUGGGCACUGGGAAGGAUGCCAUAGGUCAGAAAUUUUCACACCUGAAACCGUGAGUUUAAUGGAGAAAUCCCAGCCUGAUUUUUCUGCACCAUCUGGAGAAUCACUCAGGCAGGUAGAAUUCCGGAUGGUUCAGUUCCUAAAUGGUACGAUCGUGGCAUUUCCUGACAAAUUUAGGUCUGAUUUCUCCCCACCAGAUCCUAGUGACAACCCAGGUUUUGCAAACCGCAGCUCUCAUGCUCUUGCAAAUUUGAUUCCUGAUCGGGAGGGGCCUUCUCUAGCACCGCCUCACUGGGAUUUGCUGCACAGGCACCGGCAAGGGCUCCCAAGGAAGAAAUCUGGUAAGAGCAGACUCCAAAUUGUGACAACAACUGGAGAUCAUGAGGCUGAUGAUGAGAUGUCCCCUCGCGAACCCAAUAACCCAGGCUUAGUUCGUGACAUAAAUGUCAGGAGCAACCCUCCUGCCCUUGUGUCUUCUUGUGUUGGGGUCUUCAGUCACUCUACCCCAAUUAAAUGUCUUUUAACUGGACUCCUUGGCUGCAGUCCGGUAAUGUCACACAAGAUUUGCAUAGAAGAUUCUUCUAUGACCGUGCUACAACAUUCAUGGAAAGUUGGUUGGCAAAUAAAGAGAUUGAACGACACUUCACAUCUUAGGCUUCUUUAAAUGAAAUAAAAAAGAUGAUGAAUGGGAGUCCCGAGGACAAGCAAAUGCUAACAAGCUGAAUACCACAUAUUUUACUCGGUCGUCUCUAUAUUCUACAAUCUCUAGUUACAUUUUGAGGCUAUGUUUUUGCUUCUUGUACCCUCAGUAUAUUGAUUUCCAUGGUUGAUGAUCUGCGUUUCCAAUGAGGGAUAAGCUGAUACUGGAGUUGGGUCAACAGUCAUGAGUGAUUCUUUCUGUUUGUAGCAUCAAAGUUGCUGUUGUUAUCAUAGAUGGAGUCAAACGUCUCCAAUUUGGGAGGAUAUUAAGUUGUUUAUUUAUGAAAUCCAUUUAAGUCUUUUUAUAUUUA